GUCAGGCAUCCUGGUUCCAAGCUGCAAGCAGCGCCCUGUUUGCACGUGGCCCGCGCUUUCUUCUUGGUGAAGUUUUAUAAUCCAGUUGGCUGACUCUUCAACUAACCGUUUCGUAACAGCAAACAGCAGCAGCAAGCCUCCUCUUCAGCAUGGGUCGCCAAUGGAAUAAUGGCAUCUUCGGUUGCCUCAACAACUGCACUCUCUGCCUUGUGACAUGGUUCGUGCCAUGCUACACGUUUGGCAUGGUGGCCGAGAAGGUUGGUGAGAACUGUCUCAUAUGUGGCUUAUCAUUGAUGGUGCCCAUAUUGCAUCUCUACACAAUGUCACUGAUACGUGGCCGGGUCAGAGAGCAGCAGGACAUCGAGGGUACGUUUGUUGAGGACUGUCUGUGGACCUGGUUUCUUCCACUGUGCGCAAUUGCUCAGAUGGCACAGGAAGUUGGCUUCAUGUCACCAGGUGGAGACGGAAUGGCACGCCAGUAAUUUCACAUCUCUGGUCUUGCGCAGAUUUACUUAUACCUUCAGUUUGGCUCAACUGAUAAAUAUCUGCCCAGCGCAUGUGUUUGGCUGGCAGCUAUCGCUAUUCACGGUAUUGCUGUGCAAGUGGUUUACAACUUAUUCACGUUUUGGCAAAGUCUUACCUUUACCAUGCUCCUGCUGCUGAGACAGCUUUCUGACCCACCCUCAGUGAUGCUGUUCUGUCUAUUACACUAGCUAAUCGUGCCACAUGCUCUUUUUUCUAUAUGACAGUUUUGUACCAAGUGCUUUGUACAUCACUGAGCCAGUGCCCCCCCCCCCCCCUCACCCAAACAUCAAUACAAUCAUGUAACUGUUUGCAAGGUGUAUGAUGUAACCUUGCCCAAAUGUUA